GGAAAUAAAAGUAAACAACGCAUAGGAAGACGAAAAUGUUAUGCAGCGUUAGUCAUCCAUUCUCGUUCCGAGUUUGUGAUUUUUUUCUGGUGCUCUGUUAAUAAUGCAUGAAGGAUUUGUAUACCGAUAGGCACAGGGGCCCAGUUAGAAACAGGCUGACAACUGGUAAGACACCCGUAGAGUUGAGGCAGGUCGGGUGCGGCAGCCGCUAAUGAUAGCUAGCUCGAUAUGGCAACGUCCUGUAAUUUUUGAAUUCGUUGACAGGAUGAAAUGCCCUCACGACCAUGGCUUAAAAACAUCUCCUUGACGUUAGAUUUAGCUAUGUUAGCCAUCAGAUCGUCAGAGGAGGAGUCCACUGAGAUUGAGGAGAUGGACACCUCAGAGCCCAACUGGUGCUGGUUCUACUUGGCCGAGUGUGGAGUGUGGCAUAUGUUUGAGAUCGAUCCCAGCGCAGCCUGCUCUGUGACCAGUGCUCAGAUUGAGCAGUGCUACAACAGAAACCAACGCGGUAUCAUGGAAUUCUACACGGCCAAGUAUACGUACAGACUGGACUUUUCAGUUAUGCGACAGAUCAAUGUCACAACAGGGAAGCAGCGGCCAAUCAAACGCUCCCUCCACUCCGCAACUGGCUUCAGGUUUAUUUGCGAUAAUCUUGCCUUGCCCGUUCCCUGUCAUUGGGAGAGAAUCAAUACAGACGAGCCCUAUCAGCUCAUCCAACUUGGCAGAGACACAUAUGAGUUUAAAGAAGUAGCCAGACUGUAUGAAAGGACUAUGGACCAUCCAAUCAAAUCCAUCCAGAGGAUUCAGAAUCUGGACUUAUGGGAGUUCUUCUGCAGGAAGAAAACACAGUUGCGAAAGGUCAAGCGCACAUUGGAUAUUGAGGAGCGAAUGCUGUUUCAUGGCACAGGACACAGCAACAUACAAGCUAUAUGUACAUUUAACUUUGACUGGCGGCUGACAGGAAGCCACGGCGAUGUCUAUGGCAAAGGGAGCUACUUUGCCCGGGAUGCCAAAUACUCCAGUAAGUUCUGUCACACCACGGGGAAGCACAACACCACCCUGCAGAGACACGGACUGGCCCCACCAAUAUUUGCUAGUGAGCCGCCCUAUAAGACCAUGUUCCUGGCCAGAGUGCUUGUUGGAGAAUACACGGUCGGUCAUCCUAUGUACUGCAGGCCACCCUCCAAGGACGCCAGCUUCACCAACUUUUACGACAGUUGUGUGGACGAUAUGGCCAAUCCAAAGAUUUAUGUAAUUUUUGACAGCAAUCAGAUUUACCCAGAGUAUCUAAUUGAGUUCUACUGAUAGAGGCUGGAUCUCAAGACAUGGAAAUAUUUAGGAUACAGAAUCAAGUGAUGGGAUGAAAUGGAAAAAGAAGCUGGCUAAGGGAGAUAUGCUGUUUCUUUUAGUCAGAUCCGGUGCCUAACUGGAGCAUGGUCCAUCUAAAGUGCCUUUGGGGAAAUCGGAAAAUCAAGAAGACAAUAGAGACUUUGUGUACAGUUUGUAUACUGUACAGUCUAUUCUAGGACAGGACCUUGUGGUUGGAAUGUUUCAUAAAAACAUAACAAGGACAUAAAUACUGACUGAAGAUUAGUCUGUGUGGCAAUUUUGUAUUAAAUGCAGAAUCUGUGCUUGCCUGUUCAAUAUCUGUUGUUCAAAGUGAGGGUGGCACUUGCAGCCCGUAGGUUAUAGUUGAUGUCCUGCCAACGGCCACAGCCCUUCCAUUACAUCCACAGUGCCACGCAUGAGCUUAUUUACAAGUCAUGUAGACAUGAUUCCAAUUGACGAAACCAAAAACCACAAUAUGUUCACUCAUUGAGCACAGUGGUCUGUCAGUUAGUGACAUCAACAUCUGUGUGUACCUAGUACAAUGUGUUAUGUAAGCAUGGAUUAUUUUUGUUUUGUUUCGUUGUUUUGUUUUUAUUCAUAACGAACACUUCUACCUCUAAUUUCUUUUUAACCUUGCAUCGGUGCACUUUUACCCCCUUUCCAUGAAAGGUUUUGUAAUUGUGUCACAAUGACAUAAAGUUGUGAUGUCGUGUUCACUCGUCGUCCUUGAAUAAUAUGUUUUCUCUUCUCCUCUCACCAAUACUUGCCAAUGACUGAGACUGCAUUUGGUAUGAGUUUGCGACAAUGUUCACCCCAAACCGAAAACAAGAUCAGUUUUAGCAUCACAUUUGGAUUAGAAAUCAUUUGAGUGUCAUUACCUGCUAACAUCUGUCUUUAAGAAACAAGCAGGAAAUCUUUACACCCAGUGUAAAUGUAUCAAAAAAUGAAUGUAGCCAGCACAUGUAUAGAACCUUGAUGAAAAAUAACCACACAAUGUAAUAUUGCUUUGCUGUGUGCAUUUGUUGAGUUCAUUGUAUGAUUAUGUUUAUGUGUGUUUUUGAGCAAUUGGAAUAACAAGAGGAUCCAGUGUCUAACUGCAAGUUUGCCGCGAGGUGUUGUAUCAGUACAAGAAUGGAUCUUGAGCAGCUCUUGCAUUUCCCUCACAGUAAAUGCAGACAAGUGAAGAAACAACCCGAUGUCUUCAAUCAUAACACUACAGCUGUGUGUGUGUGUGUGUGUGUGUGUGUGUGUGUGUGUGUGUGUGUGUGUGUGUGUGUGUGUGUGUGUGUGAGUAGGUGUGUGUGAAGCUAUGUGUCUGUAAUUUGCAGAUGUAUGA